AUGUACAUGUGUCCGGCUCGUGCUACCCCAGAAGUUGGCCUGAUGAUAGGCAGCACAGCAAGACGUACGCGAUUUAGGAGACGUCGUAAGAAGAAAGACAAGCACCGCAGUCGUGAGGAGAAGAGGGAAAGAAAAAGAGAAAAGAAAGAAAAGAAAGUGAGUAGUCCUAAGAAUUAUAACCAUCAGCGAACCCGUUUCUCGCAGAAGAAAAGGCAUGGGACGGCCUCUGGUGCUCAGUGGGGUAAAUACGGAAUUAUCAGUGAAACCGACUUCUACAACAAGACCCAAGAAUUCCGCACAUGGCUUCUGGAAGAGCGCAAAAUAAACCCGGAGGCCAUAUCCAAGGACCAGGAGCGCAAAGAAUUCGCUGUUUUUGUUGAAGAUUAUAACACUGCGACCCUCCCUCACGAAAAAUACUACCACAUGGAGGCAUACGAGCGACGAAUGACGUCGUUACGAGCCGGCGAGUUCGUUCCACCGGCAGAAGACUCCUAUGAUCCUGAGGCUGAUAUACGGGCUCACUCUUUACGACACAAGAGAGCGCCCGCCGAACACGAAAGUUAUCUAAGCAAGGAAGAGCUUAUGGAGUUGAGGAAGGUUCAGAGCGAGAGAGUUGAGGUUGGGAAGAUGAAACUCUUGGGCAUGGAAGUGAAACAAAAUUUCGGGGUUAGGAUGGAUAGAACCAUGUUCGACGAUUGA